AAAUUCCCACCGGCCUCUUUCCUCGCCGGCAAUCCUCCUCCUCCCCCUCUCCGCCCUCUCCAGUCACCCUAAUCCCGAAACCUCCCUCGCCGCCGCGCUGCUGCAGAUACCCACCCCCGCCGGCCACCAUGAUGCACAUGACCUUCUACUGGGGUAAGUCUGCCACGAUCCUCUUCGAUGGCUGGCGCACGGCCACGUGGACCGGGUACCUCCUCUCCCUCGUCGCGCUGCUCCUCGCCGCCGCCUUCUACCAGUACCUCGAGGCCUUCCGGAUCCGCGUCAAGCUCGCCGCGGGCGGCUCCAAGACGGCCUCCUCCAUCCCGCCACCCGCCAGCUCCGACGACGCUCGGGCGCCGCUCCUCGCGCCCGCCUUCUUCGCCGCUGCCGGGCGCUGGCCGGCGCGGGUGGCGGUGGCGACGCUAUUCGGGGUCAACUCCGCCCUGGGCUACCUCCUCAUGCUCGCCGUCAUGUCGUUCAACGGCGGCGUGUUCGUCGCCGUCGUCGUGGGGCUCGCCACCGGGUACCUCGCGUUCCGCAGCAGCGACGGGGAGGAUCUUGUCGUCGUUGACAACCCCUGCGCCUGCGCGUAAGGGGAUGGAGCUCGCCGGCUUGCCCCGGGUUUGGCUUCUUGUUGUUCUUGUAUAACAAGUAUAACAAUAAGAUUAUUAUGUACAAUUUCAAUUGUGGAUCGGAGGAUUCGCAAUGUUUGUGUGUUGUUUGGGGGAAUUGUAGAGUAAAGAAUCAGAAAAGUUGCUUCUUUCUUUCAACAUGAUGAAUUGAUGCCUUUGUGAA